AUGGAUAGCAAGAUUGAGUUCCUCAGGGAAGUAGCGGCUCAGAACAAUACCCAUGGUUUGAACUUGAAAUGCUCCACCUGGAAAAAACCACAUAGAAGACACAAAGCCACUCGGCAGCUCAUCACCGAUGAAUGGAAGCGGGUCACGAACGGCAGCGACACGAACAAGAAUUUACUCACAUACUUCAAUGUCGAAGCCCCGCCAAGUGUUUAUCCUUCUAAAAAAUACUGUGAUAUUACUGGCUUGAAAGCUGGCUACAAAUCACCGGGGAACGGGUUAAGAUUCUGCAAUAGUGAAGUCUAUUCGCUUGUCAUCAAGCCUAUGGCCCCUGGAAUAGAUCAAGAAUAUUUAAAACUGAGAGGCGAUAACGUGGUUCUCAAGUGA